AUGUCCGAGGACGAAGCCGCUGGCAGCCCGCAGCUGAGCCUUAGCGGUUUCAGCUCCCUCUUCUCCAUCUCCACCACCACCCCGCAUCCUCACCACCACCACCACCACGACCUGCCGCCGCCCUCUCUCUCCCUCAGCAUCGGCACCGGCGGGGAGGAGCAUGAGGAGGAGGACCAGGUCGUCAGCAGCGGCCAGCAGGGAACCACCGCCCGCGUCCGGAUGAUGAAGAACCGGGAGUCCGCGCUACGCUCCCGGGCCAGGAAGAGGGCCUACGUGCAGGAGCUCGAGAAGGAGGUGCGCCGGCUCGCCGACGACAAUCUCAGACUGAAAAGACAGUUCAAACAGCUUAAAACGGAGAUCGCCGCACUCGUCCAGCAGCAGCAAACCAACGGCAGCCCACACAGAAGAACCUCCUACACGCAGUUCUAGCCUUCUAGCUAGGCCACCGCUGCUGGCUGCUGCGUCAUUUGAAUUCCACCACAAUCACUACUAUAUGAACUGCUCCCACCGUUUCUGAAUAUGAAGACGUUUUAAGAGUUCAAUCUAAAUUCCCAUUACGUCUUAUAUUGAGGAUUGGAGGCUGUAAUAUUUAGCACUUGUCGGAUUUGUUAACUCGACUGUUUGUCCGAAAAGCCAAUCAGGGGCAUGUUUUUUUCUCGUUC